AUGUCGUCGUCGUCGUCAGUGACGCAACAGCAUGAAUCUGUCCUGCUGGGCCCGAAACUCGCGCCUUUCACGCCCAGUGGUGAUGGAGUACUCGUCCACGCGUUGGAUUUAUUAGCACUCAGAGAUAAUGACGUUCUGUUGGAUUUGGGCUGUGGUGACGCGCGGAUUUUAGUGCAUGCAGCCGAUCAAAUUGGUGCAAGAUGUAUUGGCGUCGAAUACAAUGAAAACCUAGUACAACGAGCACUUACACGCGUUGAGAAGUAUGGAGUACAAGAGCUUGUGGAUAUUCGACAUGGUGAUGCACUGGAAGUGGAUCUUACGACGGCAACGGCCAUGUUUCUAUAUCUCGUACCAGAAGGAAUUAAAAUGCUCUUGCCAAAGUACAACCAUGAUGCACGCGAAACAUGUGGUUUGGUAGCAUCUAAGAAAAGCUGUUGCUGUACUGGUGAUCAGGCUGGAAAUCGGAUGACCAACGCACCUACAAAGGCACCAAAGUCUAUCUGUACAAUGCUCCAGCAGUAUCUGUUACCACCAGUACAUGAUAUUGUAUCUACAAACAAGCUUAGAUAA